GUAUCCCGUGAGAUAUGACGCUCAAGGUUUGUGUCUGCGGAGGAGGGAAUGGCGCCCACACCCUCUCAGGUCUCGCAGCGUCCAGAGACGGGGUCGAAGUUCGUGUCCUGACGCUGUUCGCUGAUGAAGCCGAGCGUUGGACAAAAGCUCUAGGGGCUGAUGAACUAACGGUGAUUGUAAAUGAAAAAAACGGAACACAGACAGAGGUCAAGUCACGCCCAAAGGUCAUUACCAAGGAUCCUCAAGUUGCCAUCACUGGGGCGGAUGUUGUGAUCCUGACAGUUCCAGCGUUUGCACAUGAAGGCUACUUCCAAGCCAUGGCCCCGUAUGUACAGGACUCAGCUCUUAUCGUAGGCCUUCCAAGCCAGGCGGGUUUUGAAUUCCAAUGUAGGGAUAUUUUAGGAGACAAGGCAGCCGCGGUUUCUAUGAUGUCAUUUGAAACUCUUCCCUGGGCGUGUCGUAUUAAGGAGUUUGGUAGGAAAGUUGAAGUACUAGGAACAAAAUCUGUGCUUGCAGCUUCUCUCAUAAAAGGUACGGCAGAGACCGUUGAUCCAUUGUCAACGCUACAGAAGCUCCACGGUGCCGAACCAGUCUUCCGCCUUGCCAAACACUUUCUAGAGAUGCUGAUCAUGAGCUACUCGUUUGUCCAUCCUGCCAUUUUGUAUGGCCGAUGGGGUUCAUGGGACGGUAACCCGGUGUCUGAAGCACCACUGUUUUAUCAGGGUAUAGACCAGGCCACCGCGGAUAUGUUGACAGCCUGUAGUGACGAGUGCAAGGCCGUGGGGAACGCCAUCAUGGCGGCGUGUCCAGGCAAUGACCUAUCUGACGUCAAAGAUAUCUAUCAAUGGUAUCUUGAGUAUUACCACGAAGAUAUCCAAGACGACCACGACCUUUACCACGCGAUCACCACUAACAAGUCCUAUAAGGGGCUCGUUCAUCCAGUCAAGACAGUAGAUGGCGGCGUCGCUCCCGACUUCGGGAAUCGUUACCUGACGGAGGACAUCCCGAUGGGGAUGAUUGUGUUUAAAGGCGUGGCUAUUGCAGCCGGAGUACCCAUCCCUAACAACGACAAGCUGAUCACGUGGGCUCAGGAGAAGAUCGGAAAGGUGUAUCUCGUGGACGGAGCUCUGACCGGCAAGGAUGUGGCAACAACGCGCUGUCCUCAACGUUACGGCUUCAACACACUCAACGCUAUUCUUACAGGCAAAAAGGAGUAACCGGACAGUGUUGGUAGUUAGUGACCAGUGUCCGUAGGUAUUACAGUUGAUUUUGGCCCAUAGGCUAAUAGGAGGAUUUGCAGUCGUGAAACGAACAGUACCUUAUUGUCAAAUGAACAACAUCUUAAUCAAGUGAAGUCUGAUUAAUUUAAAAGUCGUUAGAUAGUUCAAACAUAGCAAGCCUAUAGCAUAGUGUUACAAAAGAUGUCAAACAUUCGAGCCUUCGUUACCAGUCAUCUGAAGUCCGGUUGUUCCAGUAUCCAGGCCGGAAUUUUAGGACACAUUCCCCAAAUUGUUUCAUUUUCCAGUUAGUUUCAGGUCCGAACAAAAUCUUGCAGGAAUGGCGAGGCUCGAUUGUAAAAAUGUUUUGUGUAACAGGUAUUAAAAUGACCUACUAUUUCAUUGUCCACGAAUCCUGACGUCACUUUAUGUGAUAAUAAUAUUUGGCAGAGUAUACUCGCCCCGAGUUAGCUUGUUUUGAUAACAUUCCCCUAGUAUAAUGCACGGUUUUAUAGACGGAUUCAAUUUCAAUUCCUACCCUCUUCUUAGAUAAAAAAAAAUGUUUUCUUGAAUUUUGGAUAAAAAGCUUGCUAUUUAACAAACUUUUGGAAUGGUAGAGCUGUUUACUACUAGUAGGCCUUUGAUCACCAUGUAAUUAAAGUAAUAUAGGAACAAUAUGGUCUCGAACGAAUUAUUUUUUAUAGGUCUACCCUAUGAAAUUCGAAGAAAACCUGUGAUGACAUUAUCGAGAUUUUGAGAUGCUAUGCUAUCUUAGAGAAUGAAUCUCAGGUGUUGUUGACAAAAAUCAGCAAUACCAAUAUGUUGUACUCGGCCGUAAACGACAUUGAGUUUAACAAAGUAGUUAGAUCUGACAUAUCUUGUGGUCUGAUGAAAGCUAGUUAUUUGUGAAGAGUAUAUUUUGGAAUGAACUAACUAUAUACAAAUUGAUCUGUAUUUCCCCCAGCACUUGUUAUUGUACAUGUAUUACAUGAAACCUGAACAUUAUGAAACUCGUUAGUCCGGAUAUUUCAUUUUCCUGAAAUAAUUAGAAAAUACUUUUUAAUUAUUGAAACAGGAGUUGUCAUUCGAUUUGAUACCGUUUUUUCAAUAUAUGCAUGCGGAAAACAAUUUGCCCAACUACAGUUUCCUGAAUGAAAUUAUAUGAAAUCGGUCCGGAAAAUCUGUUUUCCUAUUGAGAUGAGCUCCGGGAAUGAAAUUACCGGCUUAUCGAAUUCCGGACUUGUGAGGUUCGAUUUUAUAUUCCGGUUGUUUAUUGUUGCUUAUAUUUAUAAAUGGCUUGAAUCUGUGAUAGUUGCCAGUAUUUUUCCGCAUUCCAAUAGUGAAUAUUGGUCUAGUAUGAUUAUCAAUAAAACUCAUAUGUUAUCAGUG